AUGAAUCUGUGAAAAUCGAUUUCAAAAUAAGUAUCGCUUGUGCACACCACUGAUAUUACAAUAUGGUCAUUUCCUAAACCAGCUACCAUUUCGGGCUGAAAUAAAUAAAUCCAGAACUAAAUAAAAUACAGAAUUUCUAGCACUAUCUGUGACCUAAACCUGUAUUGCAGGGCAAACGGAGAACAGAAAACAGACAAGCAGUCCUGAGUCUCCGUCAACUCGACAUCACAGGCAGACGCCCUUAUCCAUUUUUGAAGAGAUUUCAGGAUAAACCAGAAAUGAAUACAACACAGUGCAAAUUGGGAGAUAACUUAUACAUACAACGGUAAAGUGUGGUAGAAGAAAGUGAAGUAAACAGAAAGCAUACGCGUCCUCGCGAUCUCUUCUCUUUGAUGAGUCUGAUUAUUAUUUCCGGACAGACUGGAAAUUCUGGGCAAUCAGAGCGGUCAUGGCCUCGGUACUCGGCUGUUGUUUGAGAUGGUGCGGAGACGGAGGGUCAGGGCAUGCUCCUCUGAAAGAAAUGCCCGCAGUCCAGCUAGACACACGCCACAUGGGAACAGAUGUUGUUAUCGUCAAAAGUGGCAGAAGAAUAUGCGGCACAGGUGGCUGCUUAGCAAAUGCUCCUUUACAUCAGAAUAAGAGCUAUUUUGAAUUCAAAAUCCAGUCCACAGGCGUGUGGGGUAUUGGAGUUGCUACGCAGAAGGUUAACCUGAGCCAGAUCCCUUUUGGACGGGAUGUUCACAGCUUAGUCCUGAGACAUGAUGGAUCUGUCUAUCACAAUAACGAGGAGAAGAACAGGCUCCCUGCAAACAGCAUCCCUCAGGAGGGAGACAUAGUGGGUAUCACAUAUGAUCACGUAGAACUCAAUAUAUUUUUGAAUGGAAAGAAUAUGCAUUGUCCAGCAUCAGGUAUCCGAGGAACAGUGUUCCCUGUCGUAUAUGUGGAUGACAGUGCAAUUUUGGAUUGCCAGUUCAGUGAAUUUUACUACACACCUCCUCAAGGAUUUGAGAAGAUUUUAUUUGAACAGCAAAUCUUCUAAGCAACUUUACCCGCACUACAACUUCCACUCUGCACUGUUUUAAAGUGUUUUCUUCUGUUUCUACAAAGCUUUUUGUCAAUUGUAUGAAGUACAGUAUGUUGUGUAUUUUCUUGUGACUGUCCUUAUAACAGCAUUGUACCCAGCUCUAUAUCAUCUGGAAGAAGUUAGGUUGAAACUUCAGUUUAUAUCAUUUCAUUAUCUGUAAGCUGUGUUGUUUGUUUCAUACAAUAUUUGGAAUGGUUGUGUUUACCUUUUAAUCAUGGGGUUUGGCAUCAUGUGUUCCCUUUUGUUAAUCAACCACUGCCUAACAGAAGCUAAUUUAGCAGAUUUUCAUUGUCAUUAGUAAUUGUUAAGGACAAGGUUAUACAGCUUGUGAACAAAGUAACACAUUCAGUAUCAGUUUUGUAACCAUGGUACUCAUUUGGAAUUCAUGCCUACAACAUAAUUAUCAUUUUUAUGAAUGCCCAAAUUGGUUUAUUUAGCCUCUUGAUGAGAUUUCAUAUAUUUCAUUUAAAAUGUUUUUUUUUUUUUUUUUUUUUUACUGUAAAACACAAGAUGCUACCAUUAUCAGUCACAGCUGUACAUAAAACACUGCUUGAUCUUCUAUAUAGUACAGACAUAGACCUCUGAAUGAAUGUUGUCUACUUCAUCCUAUUUAACACUAAUCCUGAUAACUAAAAUGAAGAAUAUAUGUAUUUUACCGUUAUAUUCUUUUGGACGUUUUAGGGAUGCCUUGUUCUAAUUUCUGAGUCACAACAGCACCUGCCUACAUAUGGUAACUUAUAUGUUAGAACAUUGUUUGGUAUGUGUCUCAGGUGUUAAUGUGUUGAUUUAGCACUGAUGAAAUGUGAGUGUUAUGUAUUAAAAGAAAAAAGAACCAAAUUAAUUUUGGAAUUUGUGAAAUCACAAUACUCAUGUCACGUACUGCAUUGCAUGACACAGAGACAUGGCUGUUGGAGUUGAAACGACGGCACAGGUGCACAGGAUUUAUUAAACACAAAACAUAAAGUAAACAAAGGGGUCAUGUGACGCUACCAACGAAGUAUGGUAACGCACAGAGGACACAUACAAGACAGGCAGACAGCAGGUCUCAAUCCAGAGAGAGCCCGUCUGAGUGUAAACAGUCAACAUAACUCCAAAAAGCACACAAAACAGACCCGUUUUCACAGAUAAAUUACACCAACACUAACUCCCCCCUGUGGUAUGUUAAGAGAAAACAGUGAAGAAUGUACUCUUACAUGCUGAAUGCUCUCAAAGGCUGUCCUUUAGCUUGAAAAAAACGAUUGCAUUUGUCAUGCGUGAUUCGUACUCCAA